UGUAAAGUCGACGCGGAGAUGGACGUUUUGGUGAUUUCCACAAGAAGAUGGAAUUUCCAGAAUGUAAAUCACUUUGUUUUCAUAGUAACAGUCUAAAUGAAACUUUGAAAGCAGGGCUUGCUGGUUUAUAGAAAUCUUCAUCUAGGAUGAUAAAAGUGGGCCACUUUGGAUCUGUAAUUAGCAACUUUAAGAGUUUACAUGACGACAUCAUAUAUAUUUUAAUUCAAUCUAUGCAGCUAUCUAUAUAUACAUAUCUUACAAUAGUGUGCAAUAUAAGUAUAAUCAAUCAAACCAUUUGGAUACAUUUGUCGGCAUACUUUGUUCUACAGCACUGAUUUCUCUGUUUUUUUAUGUUUUGGAUGCGUAGAAAAGGGUCCAGAACGUCUUGGAUUUGUACUUCAGUUUUCCUCCUGGCAAAAUUAUCAGUAGGAGAGUUAAAUGGUACUGAUCGCUGACGACAGGGAUGGAGGAGCACCCUCUUCUGUAAAACUAACUCGGCAAAUUCAGCAAACAAAAAGUCAGGACAAUGUGAUGAUCGUUGCGGACGGGGAAGAUGAUUAUGGGGAGUAUGAUGAUUUUUCCCAGUUGCCCGAUACCUGCUGCAGUAUCGCCUCGGAUGAUUCGUUCUACCCGCCCGACGACCUUCUGCUGUCCAUUUCGGAUAAAGAGAAAGGGGAGACUCCGGAGAGCCCCGCGCCCCUCUCCCUUUUCCAAGCUUGUAGCACUAAUAACCCCCUCGUGCUUAAACUCAUGAUCACACGAGGAGUUACGGAAGAUCAAGUCAGGGAAACUGAUAAAAACAACCGGACUGGACUGAUGGUUGCCUGUUACCAUGGCUUUGUAGAAAUAGUGAUAACUCUUGCUCAAUGCCCCUAUAUUGAUGUGAACUGGCAAGACAGUGAAGGAAACACUGCUCUCAUAACUGCUUCCCAAGCAGGGCACAUAACUGUCUUGAACUACUUGCUGAACUACUACCCUGGCCUGGACAUUGAGAGGAGGAAUGUACACGGAUUCACACCACUGAUGAAAGCUGCAAUGCAGGGGAGAGCUGAGUGCGUCAGAACUUUAUUGUUAGCAGGUGCAGAUUUUCAAGCUACAGACCCUGGUCGGAAGCUGACACCCAGAGAAUGGGCGCUGUUCACUGGACGCUUCGAAACAGCCUCCCUGAUGCACCGCCUGAUGGUCAGGCCUUGCCCGGAACAGUUCUCUGCCUCUUACAAGCCUGAGUGGCCCAGCCUCAAGGAGCUAGUGGCCAAGGCAAGAGUGGAGAAGGGCUGCUUACAGAGGCUCUUGGAGAGAGUACGCUCUGCGUUCACCUUCAACUUACCCCACAACCCUGAGGAAAAUGGCGUCAUGGACCAUAUGGUUAGGAUGACAACAAGCCUGGGCAGCCCUUUUAUAGCAACAGCCUGCCAAACAGUGUGUCCUGACAGCCCGCCCUCUGUGGGCAAACAGCGUUAUGCUGUACAGGAGAUCCUGAGGAAGCAGCAGGCAGAACAGUUAAAGAACCAGGUCCCAGAGCGUCUCAACAACUCUAAGAAGCUCUUUCAGAACUCAAGAGUCUUGUUGGUUCCUAAAAAGAAAAACAAGAGGCCCAGCCUGCAGCCUAACAGUCUGCCUGCCAAUUCAGCAAUGACUGUGGCUGUGAGGCGCAGCAGCCUGCUGCCUCUGCACCUGCACCUGCUGAAGAAGAGGAGCGUGAGUCCCGGCAUUGUGGUGCCCAAAGUGAGAGUGUCCAAAGCACCUCCUCCCACUUAUGAGCCUGAGAAGGUGAGGAGAAAAGGCAGCUCUAAAGAUAACCAGUUCCUGCAGCCUCCCAAGUGGAGGUACAAAGAGCUAAAGGAGGAGCGGAAGAAGGCAGAAGAGGAGGAGAGGAAGAAAGCUGAGGCAACAAUUCGGAAACAUUUGGCUGCAGGGAAGAAGGUGUGACCUUUCUUGUCAGCCCUGGCUAUAAAGACAUUUUGUUGAAGAUUAGGUUUAACAGGUUAAGGACUUACUGCUAACCUAAUUCUAUUCUAGAAUGUUUCAAUGUUGCUUUGCAGUAUUUCUUACUUGGACUACUUUUAUAUUUAUUUUUUCCCUCAUUUAUGUCUUUUGAAGCUGAUUAUUAUUAUUAUUAUUAUUAUUAUUAUUAUUAUUUUAUUAUUAUUAUUAUUAUUAUUAUUAUUUGUUUAUUUAGUAGACGCCUUUAUCCAAGGCAACUUACAGAGACUAGGGUGUGUGAACUAUGCAUCAGCUGCAGAGUCACUUACAAAUACGUCUCACCUGAAAGACGGAGCACAAGGAGGUUAAGUGUCUUGCUCAGGAUCACACAAUGAGUCAGUGGCUGAGGUGAGAUUUGAACCGGGGACCUCCUGGUUACAAGCCCUUUUCUUUAACCACUGGACCACACAGCCAAUUAUCCACCAGUAUAUUUUGGGUAAAGGUGUUUGGAGGAGUUAACAAAAUGCUGUCUAAAGCUGCAAAAGUUGUGAUGUUUUAUUGAAGUUUCUAAAUACCGUAUUCCUUCAAAUUUAAGAUGCAGCCCAACUUUCACCCUUUUAAUGCAAAAACGACAUAUGGAGGCAGUUUGCAGCCGUCUGCUGUCACACAGAGCAUUACAGUUAGGUGCUGCUUUUCAUUUCUAGUUGUGAUUCUCAUCUGUUUUUCUCCCUUUUGUGAACUGUGGUAUUGCUUGGCAAGUAGAAAAAUACAGGAUUCUGAUUAGAACUGAGCCUGUCGCUGGUUCAGCUGUGCUGCUGCUGUGGUAAACAGGAAGGCCUGAUUGGCUGGGGAGGUGUGACCGGGGAGCCUUUACCUGUUUAAGAACGCAGCAGCGCCAGUUCGAGACUACUGCACCACGGCCAUAGUUACACAGAAGGGCGCUGAGCGAAAGCUUGCUUUGUUUACAUUGAAAAGGAGAGUGUCUGCUCCGCACAACAACUACUACAGAACCCUUCAACAGCCAGUCAGUCUGCUAGUCACAUCUUUUGUUGGCGAUUUUAAUACACGCAUCACUAAACUGUACUCAAAUUUAAGAUGCAGGCCAUUUUAAAGAAGAAAAAAAAGGUUUAAAAAGUCUUAAAUUGCUUAUGCUGACAGCAACAUUAUUUUACAAUAAAAAUGCAGGGUUUCUGAUUUAAUGGCAGAUCAAACAUUAGUAGAAAAAUGUUACACCUUUCCCUCUACUCAUGAUAUUAAAGAAAAAAACUGAGAGAAAAUAAAAAGAAAGGGCAGCACUGGUGUUCAUUGAUUCUUGUUGGUUCCACUGCUGCUUACUAAAAGGCUGUUUACUGUUCAGGAAAACAAUGUCUGGGGGUCACAAUGAGGAUUUUUUCCUCAAAGCCUGUAAGAAUGUUAGGGUUAUUGUGAAUAAUACACUUGCUGCUGACUGCACCUGAAAUGUUUGGUGUUGCUCUGGGUGUGAGAAUAAAGUUUCCAUAAAGGAGGCUGCUGCUAUUAAUCACAUGACCAAAGGCACAUUGACGUCUACGGUAAGAACCCACCCCCACCCCCCCAAUCGCUUUUUAUAUUUCAUAGAUUUUCUUAUGCAAUUGUUUUUUAAAAGUAUGUAUUUUUGCACAAUAACAAUAUAUAGCUGUACUAAUGUGUUUUAAGAAGGAACACACUAGAGCGAACCUGCAGAUGAUUUCAUCAUUAUUUAUUAUGGGGUCAGCCUGGUUUACAAAUCGCUUCAUCUGAUAACAUGUUUAAAGGUGAUCUUUCUAAGCCACAUUCAAACGACAUGUCAUGGUAAUCAGGAAUUAAUAGAUAUUUAGAUUUUUUUUUAUUAUUAUUAUUUUUUAAAGUGAAAAUAAAUUGCACAAAGCUAAACAGCUUUCAGCUAAUGAUUGUUUUUUUAGACAUUAAUAAUGAAUAGAAUCGGGAGAACAAAAUGGGGUUGUGCCAUUUUGGAUAGCUACUAAUAAAACAGCACAAAAUAUCUGGUUAAAACUGUAAAAAAAAAAAAUCUACAAAUUAAGCUGUAACACCAACUACACCUACUGUACAUGUGUCAGUAUAAAAAUGUUCACAGGUGCAUAUAAGGUAAACAGGCUGAUUUUCAAAGGUUUUUCUAAUAAUCUGCACCUUUUUUUCAAAAUAUUUGUAAAAAGGCCUAUAAGUGAUAAAAAAAAAAAAUUUGAUCACCUUUUUGUGUUUAUUAUGUUGUGUUGUCAAUACCCCACUCAAGAACUACAUAUUCAUCUAUUGGAAUGGGUGUGUGAUAUCCAGGUUAUGAUUAAACCUUGA